CAAAGACUGCGGUUUACCUUCGAGAACGACGAAGCGCAGCCGCAAGGACGAAGGCGGAUCCCUGAGCGCUCAUUGGCUGGCGGGCAGAUUUGAAACGCAACGCGCUCCAAGUGACGUAGAGACCCUGUACGAGAGAAACAACCGAAACACCGUCUGCAGAGCCGGGAGAAGUACAGGAUUACCAUGGAGACUGUUGGGGUAAACCUGCACAUAUUACUGGAACCGUUGAUGUCCCAGAUUGAAGUGCUCAACAAUGAGUGCAUUGAGCCUCAGUUUAUUCAGAUGGCUCUCAACUUUGACGAGUGCCGUCGGAAGUGGCUGAGGCUGGAACAGGACCUGGGCUCCUGCCAGGAGGUGCUCGCUAAAACCCAGACAGAAAGGGGAUCGCUGGAGGUCAAACUCAAGCACGCCCGCAAUCAGGUGGACGUGGAGAUCAGACGGCGACAGAAGGCAGAGGCAGAGUGUGAGAAGCUGGAUCGUCAAAUCCAGCUGAUCAGGGAGCUUCUGAUCAGCGAGGGUUCCUCCAACAGCAUCCAGCUGAAUGAGGAGCAGCGCUCCGCACUCGCCUUCCUCAAUGCAAGAUCUCACGCUGUACCGAACAUGAACACCAGCCGCAGGCUGUUGACCAUCGAUGAGUCUGCAUCCAUCUUGUCAGACAUCAGUUAUGAUAAAACCGACGACUCACUGGACUGGAACUCUUCGGCCGCCCCCGCAAUGCGACUCAGGAAACGACAAAAGAGGCGCUCCUCUAGAAACCAGGUCGAUGGCCCUCCCAUGAUCGCCAAGAGGUCUCGCUCGGCAGGCAGGAAGUCCCACAGGUUACAGGAGAACGAGUCUCUUGUGGCCAAAACCACGUUGACGGUACCGGCCGGCGGUGGACCGGUGGAGGCCGUUUCCACUAUUGAGACGGUCCCAACACCAUAUUGGACCCGCAGCAAGAGGAUAACUGAAACCAUGGAAUGGGACUCUAAGUCGGUCCAGUCAGUGGAGAUCUUCAAACAGCCCAGUGUCCCCGAUAGGGUGACGCGAGCGGAGCCAAGUACUCCACAAAACACUGGGAGCAUGCGUGUCCACGAGUUUGUCUCCAAGACGGUCAUCAAGCCGGAGUCCUGCGUGCCCUGCGGCAAGAGGAUCAAGUUCGGGAAGAUCUCCCUGAAGUGUCGCGACUGCAGGGUGGUCUCCCACCCGGAGUGCCGCGAGCGAUGCCCCCUGCCGUGCAUUCCCACCGUGGCUGGCACGCCAGUCAAAAACGGCGAGGGAACGCUUGCGGACUACGUCUCGGUCACGUCGCCCAUGAUCCCACCGCUGGUGGUCCACUGCGUCAACGAGAUUGAGCAGCGGGGCCUGAAUGAGACGGGACUGUACCGCCUCUCUGGUGCCGAGCGCACCGUGCGGGACCUGAAGGACAAGUUCCUGCGCAGCAGAACUGUUCCUCUGCUCAGCAAAGUGGAGGACAUCCACGCCAUCACCGGCCUCCUCAAGGACUUCCUGAGGAACCUGAAGGAGCCCCUCCUCACCUUCCGCCUCAACAGAGCCUUCAUGGAUGCAGCAGAGAUCUCAGAUGACGACAACAGCAUAGCUCAGAUGUACCAGCUCAUCAGCCAGCUGCCGCAGCCCAAUAGAGACACGCUGGCCUUCCUGGCGGUUCACUUCCAGAGAGUUGCUCAGAGCGUGGCCACCAGGAUGGACGUCAGCAACCUGUCUCGAGUGCUGAGCCCCACGCUGGUGGGCCACGCGGUGGCUAACCCCGAGCCCAUGACCAUCCUGCAGGACACCAAGCGCCAGCCCAAGGUGGUGGAACGCCUGUUGGCGCUGCCCUUGGAGUACUGGAGCCAGUUCCUGAUGGUGGAGAACGAUCACCCCACAUCCAACAUUCAAAUGAGCAUGUUGGGCCCGCUCACCACUCCAGAGCACCAGCUGAAUAAGACGCCCUCCUCCAGCUCUCUGAAGCAGCGUGUGAAGUCCUCCCUGACGCCCAGUUUUGGCAGCAAGAGCAAAUCUGCAGUGGGAUUUUCUCGGCCGGGCAACUUCUUUGCAUCGCCACUCCUUAGGUAAUCCUUAGGGGCCUUCUUCAGCUUCUUCGAACCACAGAGAUCCUAGCAAUGCUUGGAUCACGAAAAGAAUACUACAGUGUUCAGUGACCUAAUAUAAGCAGCAUUUACGUGUUUUCAACAAUGUCCUUGAAUAUUUUGGAUAGAUUUCUUUUAUUUCAGACUUCUAUGUAUAUUAUUUGUGAAAGCUUUAUUUUAUAAUCGCCACGGUAGGUUUGGGUUUAUGCACACCUAUCAUUGCUUCUCAGUCAUGCAGGAUUAUUUUGAAUUUUGACAUGUCAUUUGAAGACUACCUUUUUGUUUUUGCAAGAUGUUCAACUCAUGUAUCACUCAGAAGUUGAUCCACAUUUAGCAUUUAAUUCAAAAUGUGUAACCGACCAGUUGACGAGUUUUAUAUUUAGUUUGUAAUGUGACGUAUAAGACAAAUGUAAUGAUUCAUAUCUGUUUAGUUUCAUUACCGUGUUUAUGUACUGUUUAAUGUUACUGCCCAUUACACUGUUCUCUCAUCGUACUGUUAGAUGCUAAUUUUAGUAGGCGAGUUAAACUAUACAGCUUAUCUUGGUACCAGUCUAUGCAAAUGUGCUUUAGAAAACUAUUAGUUGCAGGUUUUUUUUUGUAUUUGGACCCAGAUUUAGCAUUAACCAUGGCCGAUUGUUUAGCUCUUUGUAGGGCUGUGGUUUUUGUUUCAUGAGGUUAAUUCUACAGCCAAAAUAUGAUUUGGGAAUUGCAAGUAUUUUUUUAUGCAAGUACAUUUUCAAUGCGAAAAACCUUUUGUAAAAUACAUUUCUACAACUUUA